AUGAAGUACAUAAAUAAUUUAAAAGAAAUUGAAAAAAAAGUUAAACUUAUUUGUGAUAAUAUGUCAGUUACUACACCAAGUAUAUUAGUAGUAACUAAAUAUGUAGGAAAGGAAGAAAUACACAAUAUACAUUCACAUGAUGAUAAAUAUCAUUUUGGAGAAAAUUCUGUCGAUUCUUUAAUUGAAAAAUCUGAACAGCUAGCUAAAAGUAUAAAAUGGCAUUUUAUAGGGAAUUUGCAAUCAAAUAAAUGUAAGAAUAUUUUAAAAGUAAAAAAUUUAUAUAUGAUAGAAACAUUGGAUAAAGAAAAGAAAGCUACCAUGUUAAAUAAUUAUUUGAAAAUUGAAAAUGAACAGAAUAACAACAACAAUAAUAAUAAUAAUAAUAAUAAUAGUGAGGAAUUAAGAAAAUUACGUAUAUUAAUGCAAAUAAAAACAACAGAUGAUGAAACCAAAACUGGACUUACUCAUGAGAAUUAUGAUGAAAUUGAAAAUACUGUAUUACAUAUAAUCAAUAAUUGUCAAUUUUUAAUAUUUAAAGGACUCAUGACAAUUUCUUCUUUAGAUAUAAAUAAAAGAGAAAAUUCUUUUGUCAUAUUAAAUGAUAUAAAAAAGAAACUUUUAAAUAAUCAAGUUAUUAAUAAUUAUUUUAUAAAUAAAACAUUUCAUAUGAGUAUGGGGAUGUCCGAUGAUAUGGAAUUGGCUAUAAAACAUGAAACAACUCAACUAAGAAUAGGAAGAGCAAUUUUUAAUUAA